GGCAGUGUUUCAACGGCGCGAAGGGGAUGCCUUGUCGAAGAGCCCCAACCCAAACGGGGCUCUGCGACAAACGCACGUAGGCAGGAUAUCUAUGGUCGGGUUUACGUUCCACAAGGCCACUUUCUGUCCUCCUCCCUCGGCCCUCGCUCUUCUCCCGGGGUGUCCGAGAUCCCAUCCCAUCCCAUCCCAUCCCACCCCACCCCAUCCCCUGCCCCCCUCGACGGGUCUUCGCCUCUCCUUCCAGCGUCCUCUUCUUUAGGGAUCACGGAAGACUUUGUCUCCGGGGUCGCAUCACUUUUUGAGCUUGUUUGUGUCUGUAGCAUCUGACUUCGUCACUAUUAUUCCUCCUCUCCCACUUGGGUAUCCUGGGUACUGCACAUCCGCAAACUUUGCUGCUGCUGCUGCUCUAGGGAAAUCUCUAGCUCACCACCACCAGGGCUCCUACAGAGCUCUCUCUCUCUCUCUCUCUCUCUCUCUCUCUCGUUCGAGAAGACGAGGUCCGGCCAGCGAUACCUCACUCGCGUUCGAACAUCAAUCUCGGUGGGCUGCGUAUCUACAGUGUGCCCAUAUCCUUACGGGUCGAGGGUGCAGGCAGGGCCCCACAGGCCACAACUCUCUCGUACCCCGACCGAACCAGCUUAUAUUGGAUCGUGGUGCCCGCGAUUGUAAUCACUGAGCUGCGCCGGAGGAAUAGCUGGUGGGUCUAGGAGCCGAAGAAUGUUGGGCAUUGUCGAGACGGUGAUGAACGCCUUGCAGUGGUAGAAGUGGCAGCAGGAGGAGCAUGGGCGAUGUGGGGCUUGUGAGUGUCCGAUGACCUGUUCGCAUGGGCGCAACUCGCAGCUAGAUAUCAUCGGAGAUUUCUGUCGCCGUGUGGCACCGAGCUCGAGCUCGAGCUGAGUACUGACUGCACUGACAUCGGCUGUGUGCGUCUGCGUUUCUUGCGCGUCGAUACAAGAUUGUUAGACAUUCGUUUCUCGACGAUUGGGAAGCUUGGCAUGCGUCAAGAUGAAGGAGUCUGACAAUACCAUGAUGAAGGUCAGUCGGCUGGAAUCUGGUCAUAGUUUGAGCCGGGGCAAUCGGUUCGCGGAGAGAAUGUCUCCCAAGAAGCUGCAGGUGGCCAAAAUCUCCAUCCCUCCGUACUUCAGAUGCCCCAUUUCUCUGGAUUUGAUGCGAGAUCCCGUGAGUCUGUGCACAGGUGUGAGCUACGACCGUUCCAGCAUCGAGAAGUGGCUGAGCGAUGGGAACAACACAUGCCCGGCCACCAUGCAGGUUCUCGACAACCACGAUCUCAUCCCCAAUCACACUCUGCGCCGCUUGAUUCAGGAGUGGUGUGUUGCCAAUGCACCUAAGGGCGUGGAGAGGAUCCCGACCCCCAAGCAGCCCGUCGAGCUACAGCAAGCGAAAGUCAUGGUGAAGGACAUCAGCGAAGGAUUUAUGCAAGUCGAAACGCUCAGAUUGCUGCGCGGCCUUGCCACGGAAAGCGAUAGGAACAUGCGUCUACUGCUGGAUGCCGGUGUAGUGUCGGCCUUGGUUUCAAUCAUCAGCUCUGAAGUCAAAGCUCCGGGCGUUCUGGACAUUUUGGAUGGUUGCGAGGAGGCCCUGGGUCUGAUGUUGGCCUUCUCUAAUUGCGACCAAAUUAGACAGUUAGCUGCGGAGCCCAAAGUCUUGGACAGAAUCUGCUGGUUCCUUUCGGAGGGCAGGCUCGAUGCGCAGAUCUACGCCGCGAGCAUUUUGGAGAGCCUCUGUUCCGGUGACGAGGAUGUGAAGCUGAAAGUGGGAUCGACGGAACGCGUGAUGGAAGCGCUUUUGAGUCUCCUGACGGAGCACCAGAAUCCCAAAGCUCUGUGUGCCAGUUUGUCAUGCCUGCUCACAAUUUGCUCGUUGAGAAGGAACAGACUACGGGCCAUCGAGGCAGGGGCGGUGCCAUGUCUGAUCGAGCUGCUUCUGGCAGAUACCGAAAGAAGCGUCACGGAAAGAACUCUGUCUGUGCUGGAGGUGUUGUGCAUGUGUGCCGAUGGGCGGGCCGCGGUGGUCAAAAUCUCCAAAGCCAUAACUGCAAUUGUAAAUACUUUGCUCAGAGUGUCGCAGGCAGCCACAGAGCGAGCCGUAUCGGUGUUGUGGUCUGUCUGUCACCAUGCGCCAGAGAAGCGGUUUCUGAGCGCCACCGUGGAGGCAGGGCUGUUCUCGAAGCUUUUCCUGCUCAUCCAAAGCGAGUGUCGUCCCGCCACCAAGAGGCAAGCGAGCGAGCUGCUCAAGCUUCUGCGUGAGACCUGGGAAGAGUUUCUACCGUACGUACCGAAUGAUCACGGUCUGCCUCACAUUAUGGCUUCAUGAAUGUCUCGGACAUUGAGACUUGGCCCUUUCUGCAAUGCAGUUGUAGUAUAUUGUUGUUAUACAUUUCCUCUUGAGUGAGGAAUCCCUCCCAGUUUAUGGCCAGAGGCACAGCGGCUCGGUGUGUGCUCUGCAAAAUUCUUUAGCUAGCUGCACAAUUUGGCCUCUGUUUUUCCGCCAGGAAGGAUGACAGUUCUAUUAUAGCUUUGACGAUAGUCGAGUGUAAGCUCGUAGGAAAGUUGAAUACAAGGCAAGAAUAAGCCUUUCAUUUGUACACAUACAAAUCAGAUUGAAGCAAUCAAAGUUCAAUCUUUGAAAAAUCAAGCCAAUUUACAGGCGGAGAAUAUUACAGCUAGUAAAACUUUGUGCUUGCCCCCAAAUCUGGCUACAUGCUCCGUAGAGCGUUUACUCGCAGAAGCCUUGCACUGAUGGGUUGAUGUGUCGUCCAAAAGUCCUUGUGAUGGAUCUUAGAAGCUAUGCUUGGGUUGCAUGCCGAGGUGCCAGUCUCGGACGCUUGAGGAAUAUGAGACUCGGGACACGUCGCAAUUUGACAGACCGAAAACCUGCUCUGCGUGUACCUCGCUAGUCGAGGACAGCCCAGCAGCAUCUGCCUUUCUCGAAUUCCGGUCGCCAGAUUCAAUCUGUUUGUUACGCUGAGUGUUGUAGGACAUCGUGCUGUCACACUCGCUCACUCGCUCACUCACUCACUCGCAUCAGACGCAGAGGCUUCUUUAUCCGGAUGUACCGCGUUAAAACCUCCUCACCUCUCGCUCCAAACGGAUGGUUGGUUGGUUGGUUUGACGUUAUAAGCGAGAGGCUGGCACCUCCCUGCGAACAGGAGCAGAAGCAGAAGCAGAACGAGGCAAUAGAGAAUGGGUAGGGCAACUGACGACGGGGAGCUACAUACUUUUUCC